AUAGGGAUCUAUGAGCUGCAGGCGUUGAGAACCUCUGCAUGCAUUUCCAACAGAUAGUCCUCGACUUAUAAGAAUUCAUUUAGUGACCGUUUGAAAUUACAAUACCACUGAAUAAAGCGACUUUUGAUUUUCUCAUGACCAUUGCCGGACAAACCACAUGAUUACGGGACCAAAAUUCCAUUCCUGGGUUUCCUCCCCUCCGUCUCUCCCGUUUCUCUGACUGCCUCGGGGUUGGACUAGAAGACCUCCAAGAUCCCCCCCAACGCUGUUAUUCUGUUAAAGGACGGUUCCUUCCAACUGUGCUGCUCCGCAUCCCUUUCCCUCCCCUCUUCCCGUUCCCCAGGCUUCGUCCCGUCCCUCUCUUUCCGUCUCUCUGACUGCCUCGGGAGAAGCAGCCCUGGACUCCCUGCCCAGGUGAUCAUCCCACCCGGGACCCGUUCUCCCCAUGGCAAAAGGUAGGGGGACCACCAAGUGGGCGGCGCUCUCUCCCCUUUAGAGAAUGGGAGGAGCUGGACAUGGGAAGGGAAGGAACUGUAAGCGUUUCCUGCUUGGGCUCUGCAACGUCCUGGCUGGGGUCGUUCCGAGAAGGGGGAAUCCACGUGCGUGGCCGGGAAGGAAGGCAGCGCGGCGCUGCGAGGAAAGCAAAUCGCAUCUCUUGAGAAGCGAAGUCCAAGCGAGGAACAGAGAUGCCUCUUUCCUGUCGAGCGCCAGACACUAUGAUGGCUUUGUCUUCAUCUCCUGGAACCCCAGUUCUUUAUAGCAGAGGAUUAACAGCAGUUCAUCUUCCAACUCAGGAUUUGGUAUUGCUUGAGGAACGUAGCUGUGUUUUUCUCCGUGGAGGAGUGGGCCCUGUUGGAUUCUGAGGAAAAAGCCCUGUACCAAGAGGUCAUGCUGGAAAACGCAAGGAAUAUGGCCUCCUGAGGUGACGGAUGGGAGAUGGAGGAUUCUGGCAAAGAGGCAGCAGCACCUUUGCCAAAAGAGAAAAGGGAAGUUGCAGAAAAAAUGUAUGGAAAGCAAAGUUCUGAGGAAAACCUGUUAACAAUUGAGCUGGAGAAUUGGUAUAGUUUCCCAUGUGCAGACACCAAUGUCUUAUUGGACACAGAUGAUUGCCAAGAAAAAGAAGUGUGUUCAAGGUGUGGGAAAACACUUCGAGAUGAAUCUGGAUUAUGUGACUGUUGUGAAAGCCUUUCUGGAGAGAACCAAGAUGAAAGCAGACAACACCCUGGAAGGACCCUUCCUCCUCCUUUACAUGAAAUAAUACAAGAAGGAAGAGAAGUGUACAAAUGUACAGAGUGUGCAGAAAGCUUUAGUACAAGCCGCUCUCUUGCAUUGCAUAAAAAGACUCACAAAGCAGAGGAUCCACACAAAUGUCUGGAUUGUGGAAGGACUUUCAGGCAGAAAAAUCAUCUCAGUUCACAUAAGAGGGUCCAUAAAGAGAGGAAGCAGCAUCAAUGGAUUAAUAGGGGAAAGUCCUUCGAAAGCAGCGCCUCCCUUACUUCCCAUCAAAGCCUCCACAGAGAGGAGAAGUUGCAUCAACUCAGGGAGGGGAGAAUGAGGUUUACUCAGAGCAAGGAACCGAAUUCCCAGAAAAAAAGCCCCACUGGGAAUAAGUCAUGUAAAUGCCUGGAAUGUGGGAAGAGCUUCCGCUCUGCAAGUGACCUCACUUGCCAUAAUAGGAUCCAUACAGGGGAAAAGCCAUAUCGUUGCACUGUGUGUGGAAAGAGCUUCACUCAAAAAGGAAGCUUCAAUUUACAUAAGAGGAUCCACACUGGAGAGAAGCCUUAUAAAUGCACAGAAUGUGGAAAAUGCUUCAGGACCUCCAGUGUCCUUAAUUCCCAUAAGAGGAUUCACACAGGCGAGAAACCAUAUGAAUGCUUGGAGUGUGGAAAAAGCUUCAAUAGACUUGAUACGCUAAAUAAACAUAACAAGAUGCAUAAAGGGGAGAAACCUUAUAAAUGCCUGCACUGUGGAAAGAAUUUCAGUCAAAAAGGUCAUCUUAAGUCACACGAGAGGAUUCACACAGGGGAAAAGCCAUUUCAAUGCAUGGAGUGUGAAAAGAGCUUCCGUUUAUCUGGUCAUCUUACUGUCCAUCAGAGAAUCCACACAGGGGAGAAGCCGUUUCAAUGCCUACAGUGUGGAAAGUGCUUUACCAAUUCUAGCAGCCUUUAUGCCCACAAACGAAUCCACACAGGGGAGAAACCAUACAAAUGCCUGGAGUGUGGUAAGAGCUUCUGUAAAUCCAGCCACUUAAGUUUCCAUAGAAGAAUCCACAGUGGAGAGAAGCCAUAUCAAUGUACCGAGUGUGGGAAGUGCUUUGCUAAUCAAAAGAAUCUUAUUGUCCAUAAAAGGACACACAUGGGUGAAAAGCCUUAUAAGUGCAUCGAAUGUGGCAAAUGCUUCACUAGUUUGGGUUCUCUCUCUCACCACAAAAUACUCCACACCGGGGAUAAACCAUAUGAAUGCCGUACGUGUGGAAAGAGCUUCAAUACAAAAAAUGGCUAUAUUGUACACAGCAGGACCCACACUGGGGAGAAACCAUAUCAGUGCCAGGAGUGUGGAAAACGCUUCAUUGAUUCUAGAGAACUGACAAUCCAUAAAAGGAUUCACACAGGGGAGAAACCCUAUAAGUGCACGGAGUGCGACAUGAGUUUCAGAAGAAGUGGUUACCUUAGUAUCCACAAGAGAAUCCACACUGGGGAGAAACCAUACACAUGUCAUGAGUGUGGGAGAAGCUUUAGACAUAAUAGUUCACUCAGGGGCCAUAGAAAGCUUCACUCAGGGGAGAAACCCUAUAAAUGCCUGGAGUGUGGAAAAUGUUAUAGAGAGAGUGGUCAGCUUACCUCCCACAAUAGGAUCCACACAGGAGAGAAACCGUUUAAAUGCAUCGACUGUGGAAAGAGUUUCAGAGAUGGCAGGAAUCUUAAGCUCCAUAAAACAAUCCACACGGGGGAGAAGCCGUAUCAGUGUGUGGAGUGUGGAAAGAAAUUCAGAAGUUGGAGUGACCUUAAUUGCCAUAAGAGGACUCACAGCAGGAAAAAAAUGAUAUGAAUUGGUUCAUGUUGAUUCUCAAAAUUUGAUUCAUGCCCAUAGAAGUAUCCCAGGAGAAUCUGUAGAAAUGAGUGGAGUAUGGCAAGGUCUUCCGAAGCAGCAGAAACAUCUUGAUCCAUUAAAAAGAAUUCUCUUGUAGAACUAGGUAUUAAGUUUUAGAUAUUAGAUCUUUGUGGUAGAGUACAGUAGAAUAAGAUUGGAAAUAAUAAGAAUAGAAAUGGAAUAGAAUAUAGAAAUGGGAAUGGGAAGGGAAUGGAAUGCUCUCAUUGGCCAAGUGUGAUUGGAGAUACACAGAAUGUGUCUCCAGUGGAUACGCUCUCAGUGUUCAUAACAUAGAACAAGUAAUCAACUUUUGUCAGUGUGAACAGCAAAGUUAAGUAGGGAUUUGGAAAGUAACACAUCCAAAUGUCUAUGGAGUUUCUCAGUCAUCCAGGUUGUGUUUGUCCCAAAGGUGCUUUUAUC